UGACGCUGCUGAUGCUGCUGAUGCUGACGCUGCUGCCUCACCCGACUCCACCGCCGCCGCCACCGCUGCUUCUCCCACCGCAGCCUCUGAACCUGCUGCCAGCUCAGCCGCUGCUCCCGCCUCGGCUCCUACUCUAGACCUGUUUGGUGAUAUGUUUGAUUCUAUGCCUGAGCAAACCUCCCCCUCAGCACCCAAUGCAGACGCUACUCCUAGCAUAGGCCUAUUUGGUGCAGAUCUCCCAGCGGUGUCCCGCGGGCCCUCCCCACUGCCCACGGAGGCUAACAUGACUGGUGAUCUGCUGUCGGAUCUUUCCCCUGCGGGCCCUCCAGCAGCUCCAGUAGGUGGGGCCCCCGCUGCCUCCUCUCCCUCCAAACCUGAGGUCCCGGUGCUUGACCUCUUCGGGGACACGUUUGGGGAUUCGGGUGGAGGCCUUCAGCUUGCUGCACCUGCCACUGCUGGAGCUGACCUGCUGGGAGGCCUGAGUCCAUCUUUGGCCCCAGGUGAAGCUCCUUCUCUGGCCCCUGCUUUGGCCCCAACCUCCCUAGUUCCAGCUCCAGCUCCGGCCCCUACGACCGCCCAGAACGACCUGCUGGAGGCCACUGGAGACCUGUUCUCAACCACAGUCGCCGCUCCUGCCUCAACAGCGCCCUCUGGUGGCUUUGAUGCCUCAGUGUUUGAUGGAUUAGAGGAUCUGCUCAUGCCCACAGUCACGCCCCAGAGCACCGGAGGCACGCCCAUGGCUCCAACGCCGCUAGCUCCUGUAACGCUGCUAGCUCAUGUAACGCCGCUAGUUCCUGUAACACCGCUAGCUCCUCUUGUACCGCUGGCUCCUCUAGCACCACUAGCUCCUCUAGCACCGCUGGCUCCUCUAGCACCGCUGGCUCCAGUUGUACAGCUAGCAGGAUUACAGUUAGCAGGAGCGCCGCUGCCAGGAGCAGGAGCCCCAUUAGUGCCUGCUGGAGCUCCGUUAGCCCCAGCUCCAGCUCCAGCUCCGGCUCCAGCCGCUGCAACCCCACCUGCCAAACCCAUUGGAGGAGACCUGGACUCAUCCCUAGCUAACCUGGUUGGAAAUUUGGGAGUUGCAACCCAGAAGAAGGACCAGCAGUGGAGUGAGAAGAAGCUAACAGGCGGGGCAAACUGGACCCCGCAGGUUGCCCCUUCUAUUUGGGGAGCCCCUGCUGCUCAGAUGGUAAGAGAACAAUUCAGUCCGUCGUCACCCAUAGAGCAGCUCUUGCCUCUCUGUCGGCCUGAGCCUGAUGAUGGGCCAGAGGUUCCUGUGGGGGAAUACACCCUGCCUGGCCCUGGAGUGGAUUAGAAGGACACAGGCUUCAGUUGCAAUGAGAACUGACCUUUUACUGACCAUUUAGAUCAUUGUAGAUGAUCAUUUUCAACAUAACUCUCUCUCUCCCUCUCUCAAACUCUCUCUCUCUCUCUCUCCCUCUCUUACUCUCUCUCUCUCUCCCUCUCUAUGUUAUCUUGUGAUUGACUCCAUAACACCCUCUUCAGUUUUGAGCACAUCAGGUGUUUUAAAAAAGUGAAGGUGUUUUAAAAAGCUGAAGAAAUCAUAAUUGGAUCAUUCUAAAAAAAUGAUAGUGAUUCAGAAUAAUGUUGUUUUUGGUUCUGUCUGGAAAGUCAUAUGAUUUUUCAAACAAGAGGCAUCAUGCAUAAAAUCAUCCGCAUGGAAUAAUAGAUUAAUGAGACCUGUAAGAAAAGAAACAUUAUGGAAGGACUGUGUUUGUGUCGUAACUCCUUCCUGCCAAGGGUGUGUGAGUUGUGUGUUUUCACUCUUUCCCUGUCCCCAGACUGGUGCUCCACCCACACCUCCAGCUGGAGCCAUGCAGGGCUUUGUCAUGCCCCCAGCUGCUGCCCCUGUGGCUCCUAUGAUGGCUCCCAUGGGAGCGCCACUGAUGGGCCAGCCCAUGAUGAGACCUCCUCGCGGUGUCGCUUCGCCAGGA